AAGAGACAGAGAGAGGAAGAACACAACCGGAAUAUCAGAGCACUGAACAGCCCGAUCACACUUGGAUUUAUUCUAACUAUGACUCUGGAAGAAAUCAGCGGACAAGAGAACACAAUGGAUAACGCUGAUAGGGUGCAAAGUGCAGGUGCAGCCUUAGAGGAGCUGCUGAUCGCCGCUAAGAAGCAGGACUACCUCACGGUUGGAGUCUACGAGUCUGCCAAAGUCAUGAAUGUCGACCCAGACAGCGUGGCGUUCUGCGUCCUCGCCACCGAUGAGGAGUACGAGUGCGACAUCGCACUCCAGAUCCACUUCACCCUCAUCCAGGCUUUCUGCUUUGAUAACGAUAUAAACGUCGUGCGGGUCAACGACAUCGAUCGUCUGGCUGAUUUGGUGGGAGCAGACGACAGCGGAGAGCCCAAGGACGCGCACUGCAUUCUCGUCACGAGCCCCAGUGCAAAUCCAUGGAAAGACCCUGCUCUGGACAAAUUGAGCCUGUUCUGCGAGGAGAGCCGCAGCGCGUAUGACUGGGUUCCAGCCAUCACACUCCCAGAGCGCUGAAGAAACUGUUCCCAGUAAAGAAGAUGAUGAUGAAACGAAAAGUCAACCUUCAGCUGAGGGAGUCAAGCCUUUCUGCUUCACUUGUCUGGAUUAAGAGGCUGUGACUGCGCCUGAAUCUAGAGCAUUCUGGGUCAGCGUGUUGGGUCUGGAUCACCCAGUGGCGACUGUUGGAGUUAAGGAGGUCAACUGUUGACUGGGUCAACUGGACAUUGAGAAGGAGCUGGACUGAGCUGGAUGAUGCAUUAAGUGGUUAACUGUGGCUGCCCUGCAUUGGGAGCCUGUAUGGGGAGUUGGGCAACAGGUUGCAGUGAAAAGAAACAGUGGACUACUGAAAGUGUGGGAGCUGGACUGGAUCUGAUCAUGCAGGAGAAAGUCAGAUCCUGGUUCUGAAGAUGAUGGUGUCCAAAAGAGUCUGCAUGGAUUUUUCUUGUUGAGUUCAGCUAUCUAUAUCAGGAAGUUCUUGGAAAAAGUAGAUUCUCUGCUUGCAUAUCCUGAUUUUAGCUGCACAAUGUCCAGCAAGACGAUUAUGGACUUUGCUUUUGCUUUCAGAUAUGAAUAAAUAAUGCAAUAUCUAUUUGAAUUGUACACAUUUUGAAUGUUUU